UAGAGUAAUUUCCCUUGGUUGCCAAGAUGGCUGCGCCCAUGAGAGUGAGGACACGAAGGAUAUGUCGAUUUUGUAAAUUCUUCCAAACUUCGUAUUUACGCUGCUGGUCAUCUCAUACAAAAAGAUCAGAAUGGAAAGGGGUUGUGGGAUUAGAAAUCCAUGCUCAGAUUUCAGCAGAAAGUAAACUCUUUUCUGGAGCUUGCACUAAGUAUGGUGGAAGUACAAAUAAUCAAGUUUCUUUGUUUGAUGCUGCCUUUCCUGGAACACUCCCUGCAAUCAACAAGAGGUGUGUAGAAGCUGGGGUCCAGACCGCCCUUGCUCUUAACUGUCAUGUCAACAGAGUGUCAAAGUUUGAUCGUAAACAUUACUUCUACGCAGAUCUGCCUGCUGGCUACCAGAUAACUCAGUUGAGCCAGCCCUUAGCCAAGGGGGGAUCACUCCGGUGUCCUGUCUUUACAGAAGAUGUCUCUCCAAAACGUCCUUUAAAUUACAUGACUGUGGGACUGGAGCAGAUACAAUUAGAGCAGGACAGUGGAAAGAGUAUACACAAUGAGGUCGAUCAACAGAGUCUCAUAGAUCUUAAUCGAGCAGGUGUUGGACUCAUGGAGAUUAUUACAGCCCCUGACAUGAGGUCUGGAUUAGAAGCUGUGUCAUUUCUAAAUGAACUGAUUGGAAUCCUUACCACUAUAUCAGCGUGUAACUGUAAAAUGGAAGAGGGAUCAUUCCGAGUGGAUGCUAACAUCUCAGUCCACCGACCUGAGGAACCUUUAGGAACCAGAGUAGAAGUGAAGAACCUAAACAGUAUCAAAAGUGUGAAGAACGCCAUUGAUUAUGAGAUAAAGAGACAAACACAGCUGUUACAACAGGACAAAAGAAUUAUUAAUGAUACACGAUCUUUUGAUAUAGCAUCGGGGUUCACACUUCCUAUGAGGGACAAAGAAAUAGAACAGGAUUACAGAUUUAUGCCGGAACCAAACUUACCACCACUGCAUGUGUAUGAUAAUGCCACUGUCCCUGAAGGGCUUCAUUCCUCACAGAUUGUCAAUAUAGAUGUUCUUCAACAACAAUUACCUCCCCUUCCAGCUCAAAGAAAAGAAGAACUAGUGAAGAAUUACGGUUUACCUGACUUAUAUGCACACAGAAUUGUGGUGAAGCCAGGUAUGACAGAAUUUUACAAAAAAGUUGUUGAGGCCAGACCUACAGACCCUCAAUAUAUAGCAGUUCGUAUGAUGGGAGAACUGUUAGGCUUAAUGAAUAAACGGAGCCUUGAAUUCAAGGAUGUAAAAAUGAGUCCAGAGAUGUUUGGGGAGGCAUGUGAUUUGUGUAAUCUACGUGUGAUGUCAGUGAAAAAUUUUAUGUGGGUUUUGGAUGAGCUGUUGGAAAACCCUCCAUCAGAGGCCCGUUUAAAUCACAUUAGACAAAAGAAAUUAACGGGAAAUAAAGAUCCCUUACAGCUGGAACAUAUCUGUCAACAGGUCUUGGAUGAGUUUGAACAGGGAUCCAAUCCGAAAAAGGCAAAACUUAAACGAAAUCAGGAAAACCUAUUAGAUUACUUAGCCAGUCAAGCUAAGAGGAAAUCUGUUGAUGUUCGUUUUCAAAGUGCAAGGGUAAUUCUCAAACAGCUUCUGAACAAACAGUGACUGAAAGACAAACGCGAAGUUAUUCUGUAUAUGUUUAGAACAAAUGUGUUCAUUCCACAUGUAAUGGAGGAACAAAUUUAAGAACAUUGUGAAAAUGAUGUAAAUUUAAUAUGAAAUGGUGUGUCAAAUAAAAUGAUUAAUAUGCUAA